AUGGUCGGAAUUGGUCCUAAGCACCCGCCGUCCCGCAAGGGGUCUAUGCACGAGCUGCCCCAGAACCUCUUGGGCCCGAUCAAGGAAUUCGAGACGGCCUUCACGGUAGAUCGUUCCAAGCUCAAGGAGAUUGUCAACCACUUUGUUAAGGAGCUCGAGAAGGGCCUGACUGUUGAGGGCGGCAAUAUUCCUAUGAAUGUCACCUGGGUCCUGGGAUUCCCUGAUGGCAAUGAGCAAGGAACCUAUUUGGCCCUCGAUAUGGGCGGCACCAACCUGCGUGUUUGCGAAAUUACCUUGACCGACGAGAAGGGCGCUUUCGAUAUCACACAAUCCAAAUACAAAAUGCCAGAGGAGCUGCGGACUGGUACCGCCGAGGAGUUGUGGGAAUACAUCGCCGACUGCUUGCAGCAGUUCAUUGAGACUCACCACGAGGAAGGAAACCUCGCCAGGCUGCCGCUCGGUUUCACCUUCUCCUACCCCGCCACCCAAGAAUAUAUCGAUCACGGCAUCUUGCAGCGCUGGACCAAGGGCUUCGAUAUUGAUGGUGUCGAGGGCAAGGACGUCGUUCCCCCUCUGGAGGCGAUCUUGAAGAAGCGGGGUCUUCCCAUUAAAGUCGCUGCCCUGAUCAAUGAUACCACUGGUACUCUGAUUGCUUCUGCUUACACGGAUACCGACAUGAAGAUUGGCUGCAUCUUCGGCACCGGCGUCAACGCCGCAUACAUGGAGAACGUAGGGUCUGUGCCCAAGCUCGCCCAUAUGAACCUACCAGCCGACAUGCCCGUGGCCAUCAACUGCGAAUACGGCGCCUUUGAUAAUGAGCACGUGGUGCUCCCCCUCACCAAAUACGAUGACAUCAUCGACCGCGAUUCUCCCCGCCCCGGCCAGCAGGCCUUCGAGAAGAUGACCGCUGGUCUGUACCUCGGCGAGAUCUUCCGUCUCGCUCUGCUUGACCUGAUCGAUAACCGACCCGGUCUGAUUUUCAAUGGCCAAGAUGUUUCCAAGCUGCGUACGCCCUACCUGCUUGACGCGUCCUUCCUCUCCCACAUCGAAGAGGAUCCUUAUGAGAAUCUUUCCGAGACUCUGGAGCUCUUUGAACGCACAUUGAAUAUUCGCCCAACUCAGCCGGAGCUUGAAUUGACCCGUCGUCUUGCGGAGUUGAUCGGUACCCGCGCGGCUCGCCUGUCCGCCUGCGGUGUUGCCGCUAUCUGCACCAAGAAGAACAUUGAUUCCUGCCACGUUGGUGCUGACGGCUCCGUCUUCACCAAGUACCCUCACUUCCAGGAGCGUGGUGCCCAGGCCCUGCGUGAGAUCCUUGACUGGGCUCCCACCGAGAAGGACAAGGUGUCCAUCUUGGCUGCCGAGGAUGGUUCCGGUGUUGGAGCUGCCCUGAUUGCCGCCCUGACACUCAAGCGUGUCAAGGCUGGUAAUCUGGUCGGUAUCCGCAACAUGGAUGAUAUGAGGACCUUGAUUUAA